AUCCUCUAUUGUCUAUUUUGGAUCUUGUUCGUCACUAGCAUUCUAACUGGUUCAGUUUCAGGAAGACUACGACGAUGAAGCAGACGAGGAGAACCACGCUCCUUGGGACGAGCAGAACGAUGUCCAGCCACCUGGGACGCCAUCUAAGACUGCUCGAUCGUUAUCUGUUAGAAAACCGGCCAGUUCGAAGAACGAUAAAUGGGACUACUACGGCACCAGGAACCAGGAAGAUGUCGACGACGAUAAUGACUACCAAGGUCCCAGUCCUUCCUCAUCGACGACAAAUCGACCACCACCUCCCAAGCCCGUGUCCAGUUUGACACAGUAUAAAUGGGAUCGGUAUGGUACCAGGGAACGGGUUGAUGAAUCGAGAAGACAGCAACUCAACCUUAAGCCAACAUCUGGAG